GUAAACAAUUUGAAAGCAAGAGUCCACACGAGGUUCUCGAAAAUAUUCCAGGGCAAAAACUAAACUAAAUAUUAUUUUGUUACUGAUUUUAAGCGACAUCUUAUAGAAUGGGGAAGCUGAACGUUACUGUUCUGCGAUAUUUGAGCAAGGAAGACUUUCGAAUUUUGACUGCGAUUGAAAUGGGAAUGAAAAAUCAUGAAUUGGUACCGGGAGCAUUGGUGGCAGCUAUCGCAAGCUUGAAGGCCGGUGGAGUUCACAAAUUACUGCGGGAACUUUGCAAGCAUAAGUUACUGACUUAUGAACGUGGAAAACGGUUUGAUGGUUAUCGGCUGACCAACAUGGGUUACGAUUAUUUGGCGUUGAAAUCUCUUACACUUCGCGGGUCUGUGUCCGGUUUUGGCAAUCAAAUCGGAGUUGGAAAGGAAUCCAACAUCUACACCGUCGGGGAUGAAGAGGGAAAUCCCCUCUGUCUAAAACUGCAUCGGUUGGGACGGAUUUGCUUUCGGAAUGUUCGAGAGAAGCGUGACUAUCAUGGCACACGGCACAAAAUGAGUUGGCUGUAUUUGUCCCGUAUUUCCGCUACACGUGAAUUUGCAUACAUGAAAGCGUUGUAUGAUCGUGGAUUCCCGGUGCCACGGCCCAUCGAUUUCAACCGGCACUGCGUCGUGAUGGAACUGGUCGAUGGUUAUCCGCUUACGAACGUUUGUGAGGUUGGAAACGUGGAAGCGCUGUACGACGAUUUGAUGAAUUUGAUCGUACGGCUUGGUAACUGUGGCGUCAUUCAUGGGGAUUUCAACGAAUUCAACGUAAUGAUUACGGAGCAGGACCAGAAGCCAAUUUUGAUCGAUUUUCCGCAGAUGGUGUCUACUUCGCAUCCAAAUGCGGAAAUGUACUUCGAUCGGGAUGUACAGGGAGUCCGGGAGUUGUUCCGUAAGAAGUUUGGUUACGAAAGUGAGGAGUAUCCGAAGUUCAGCGAUUUGGAACGGGAAGAUGAUUUGGAUAAGGAGGUGCUCUGUUCUGGCUAUGGGUUUACCAAGGAGAUGGAAGAAGAUGUACUGAAAGAGUACCACCAGAUAGAUGAAACAGAGGACAAAGACGAUGAAAUUAGCGACGAAGAUUGUCAGGACAAUGAGAGAGAAAAUAUGGCCGAGGAGGAAAUUGAAGAAUGCAGGAAAAAACUUGAGGAAGAAAUAAAGUUUUCAGAAGAAAAGCCAGUGAUUGAUAGGACUAAUAAGAAUUCAAAUAUUCUCAAAUACAUUGCAUCGAUGUCCUCAAGCGAAUUGGAAAACCCUUUCAAUGACGAGGAUGAAGACGUUUUCAAAGAUGCCUUGGAUCAUAACCCAACAGAUACUCCAUUCCCAGAACCUUCUCAGUCAAGUUCGUUUCCGGAAAAGAUCUCCACUCCCUCCGAUAACGAACAGGACGAUGCGUGUUCCAUGAGUUCAAAUGACCUAAUUAGUAACGAGUUAGAUGAUAAACUGUCUGGGCUGGAUCCAAAUUCUCGUGAGUACCGCAUGAUCAUGGUACGGAAACUGUUGGAUGAUGCUCGCAGUGCAAGAUCUUAUUCGACUACGGCUAGCACGAUUGCUCCUUCAGUUGUGACGGAUCGAGUUAAGAAUGGACUUCGGUUGCAGGAGAAGAAAGAUCACAAGAAACGGGCUGUUCCAAAGGGAGAAGCUAGCGCGGUACGACGGAUGCGGAAAGACAAUAAUAGCAUCGUUAAGGAGUAUCGGGGAUGGGAAUUUUAGAUUUAGUUCUAUCUCUUAUUUUGAAAUAUAUAUAAUCAGUAAUUUA